AAUAAGCUGCCGACUCGGUCUGUCGACAGCUUUUAUCGGCCCGUGUAUGGCCACCUUUACAGAGCAUUUGUUUUUAGAUGGGGUUUAAAAACAAAUGCAGUGAAUCACUCCUUUUAAAAGGCAAGGAACCCUUAAAUCACUGGGGUGGGGGUCUGCCAGUAAUUUUAUUCCAUCCAUUCUUGUAAGAAUGUUAAUUUUAAUAUGCAUUAGCAGCUAGGGUUGCCACCUUUUGAAAUGGUGGAGACCGGGCAAGAUGAUUGGGCCGUGACCUCAGGGGGCGGGCCGUGAUGUAGAUUGUAGUGACGGGGCUAUGACACAGCGACUAGCGAUUGGCCGAUCGAUGUUUCAAUCAAGGGAAUCCUGCUCGGUUUUCCUUAUUUGGAAAACCGGGCGGCAAGUUUUGUCUCGGGCAGCCCUUCAAAAUACCGGGCUGUCCGGGUAGAAACCGGAAGGGGAAGUGAAAGGGAAGGAGCAGAUGGUGUGGAGGGAGCAGCCAGAAAUAAAGCCAACUUCUACCCUGCAGUCUGGCAUCUCUUUGUGCAUUCUUCUAGUUCUGCAACACCCUGUACUGGGUUAUCACACUGCUGCAUCAGGGGCCCACACACCCCAGCCGAAAUCCCCCCACACAUACCUUAUGUGUUCUGUGGUUGCGAUUGUGGUGUGGGGGAGGUGAGGAAGAAGCUCAGGUGGCCAUUGGGAGCAUGUCUAGGCUGCUGGGGCCCACUGGGUUUAUUCCAGGUGUCUCUGGCCCAGUCUGACCCUGCCGAGAUCAGCCCCUGUGUGGCAUUAGCUGAUUUAAUCAAAUAAGUUAGCUAUUUGACACCUUGCCAGUAGAUGUCACUAUAUUAUUAGUUCAUACAUCAAAACACCCCUUUCUGGGGAUUGUUUACAAAGACUGACAUCCCCUAUAGGGAAAUAAUGGUGUCUUCCAGAGAACUGGAGGAAAAAAAGAUGUUCUUUCUCCAGGGAACUGCUACAGGCAGCCAUUGAGAAAUAAGCAACCAUCAGCCAUCAUAUGGGGUUCUUCUGAUUUGGCACUCUUUGUCCAAGCUCUUCACACAGCAUUUGUAUAUUGUGCUUCCAUGGGGUACUGGGAAGUUUAUGGUCAUAGGGUUGGCUCAGUGCGCAUGCAUGACUCCGAGGAGGGGCCAUGUUGUUGGAAUGAGCACGAGGUGGAAAAGAAGAACACAGUUAACAUCAGGAUGAAGAGAAAGAUGGACAGCAAAGGCAGCACUGAGGGAAAAAGUGGGGAAAAAAGAAAGAAAAAGGCGAAGAGACAUCAGUGCAGUGAAAAAGAAGGAGGAAGAAAAAGACCCCAUGAGGACACCACCAAAGCAGAAGAAGGAGGAAGUGGCCAGAAGAGACCCCUCCUAGAAGACGACAUUCCUCUCCCCGAGGCAGUCAGCAGGUGUAAGAUCCACGCUGAGCUUGGGAGUGGCUCAUAUGGCAAAGUGUUAUUGGCAUCUUUGCCCAACAAAAGCGAGCAUGUAGCCAUAAAGGUGAUGAAGAAAGGUGACUACAUCCCUCCUACCAGCAUCAUAGAGGCUAACGUGCUAAAGAUCGCUGCUGGGUGCCCGUACCUUUGCCAUUCCUAUGGAGCAUUCCAUACUCAGUGGCAUUCUGUGUUUGUCAUGGAAUAUGUCAACGGAGGUACCUUACACGAUCAAAUGAACAACAUAGGACUUCCGCGCAUGGACACAUUAAUAUUCUACGCUGCGGAGAUGGUGUGCGGCUUGCAGUUUCUCCACGAGAACGGGAUUAUACAUCGGGAUCUGAAACCAGCGAAUGUCCUAGUGACCAGCGAGGGACAUUUAAAGAUUUGUGACUUUGGAUUGGCGGCUGAGGGCAUCUCUGGGAAUAAGAAAACCAGAGGACUAGUAGGAACAUUACCCUACAUGGCCCCAGAGCUGUUGAAAGAAAAGGAGUAUGAUGCAGGGAUAGACUGGUGGUCCCUGGGAGUCAACAUAUAUUUGAUGGCCACCGGAUCUCAUCCAUUCUACAAGGGCGAUAACAUGAUGGAGUUCAGUGAAGCCAUUCUUCAUACAGAGCUCCACAUUCCAGAAUACCUCAGCCAAGAACUUGAAGAUCUCUUGACAAAGCUUCUCAACAAAGAUCCUAAGGAGCGACUUGGCUGCAAUGGCAACAUUCGGGAACACCCAUUUUUCCAUUCCAUUGAUUGGGUGAACCUAGAAAAGGGAAACGUACCACUGCCUUAUAAACCAGAAGCAAUGCCAUCAGUGGAUUUCAGCAAGACGUAUGAAGAGACGCUAUCGUUCUUGGAGUCCAUCAAGCAGAGAAUCUCUUCAAGAUACAUCACGCCUGAUGUCCAGCUGGCGCAGCCAAGUCAUUUCUAUACAAACGGGCCCUUCUGGAAUUCUCAAGCCCAACAAUCAGCUCCAUACUAUAGGUACCAUCAGGCUCCAUUUGGUCCAUCUGCCUAUAACAUCCAGCCAUACCCUGCAUAUUCUCCUAACCUCUACCCAUAUCAGUGGCUGCCACCAUCAGGUCCUAUUUCUGGACCUUACUAUCACCAUCUUGCUUUUGGUCAUGUCAAUCCACCAUUGGUUCCUUGGCCUCCAAACAUCAACACCGCUGGGCUCUUUCCAUCUCGCCUGCCUCUGCCUAAUUACAACUUUCCUCAUGUCUGGUAGCUUCCAUCGUCCUCCACCUCUCAUUCUUACCAUCAUUUUUUCAUUCUCUGCCUGCAGCCUUUUGCAUGGGCUGCUGCCUCAGGGCCCCAACACCGGCCCACUCCUUCGACCUCUGUCUGCAGCCCUUUCCACCAGCUGCUGCAUUUGACCCCCGAAAAUGGCCCAAUACAUCGGCCCCUGCCCUUUCCCCUGGCUGCUUUCUAGCCCCCAACACUGGCCCAUACCAUCGGCUUCUGCCUGCAGCCCUUUCCAACGGCUGCACCUGUGCCCCUGACAACGGCCCAUUACAUCAGCCUCUGCCUGCAGCCACUUCCACCGGCUGCUGCGUCUGGGCCCCUGACAAUGGCCCAAUACAUCAAACUCUCCCCUAAAAAUCCAUCGGCCUCUGCCCACAACCCUUUCCAUCGGCUGCUUCCUGGCCCCUGACACCGGCCCAUACCAUCGGCUUCUGCCCGCAGCCCUUUCCAAUGGCUGCUGCAUAUGUGCCCCCGACAACGGCCCAAUAUAUCGGCCUCUGCCCUAAAUCCACCAGCUUCUGGCCAUAGCCCUUUCCACCGGCUGCUUCCUGGCCCCUGACAUCAGCCCAUACUAUUGGCUUCUGUCAUCAGCCCUUUCCAACGGCUGCUGCAUCUGUGCCCCCGACAACAGCCCAAUACAUCAGCCUCUUCCCUAAAUCCAUCAGCCUCUGCCCACAGCCCUUUCCAUCUGGCCCCCGACACCGGCCCAUACCAUCGGCUUCUGCCCGCAGCCCCUUCCAACUGCUGCUGCACCUGUGCCCCCAACAACGGCCCAAAACAUCGGCGUCUUUCCUAAAUCCAUCAGCCUCUGCCCACAGCCCUUUCCACCGGCUGCUUCCUGGCCCCCGACACCGACCCAUACCAUCAGCUUCUGCCUGCAGCGCUUUCCAAUGGCUGCUGCACCUGUGCCCCCCGACAACGGCCCAUUACAUAGGCCUCUGCCUGCAGCCACUUCCACCGGCUGCUGCGUCUGGCCCCUGACAAUGGCUGAAUAUAUCAAACUCUCCCCUAAAAACCCAUCGGCCUCUGCCCACAACCCUUUCCAUCGGCUGCUUCCUGGCCCCUGAUACCGGCCCAUACCAUCAGCUUCUGCCCGCAGCCCUUUCCAAUGGCUGCUGCAUAUGUGCCCCCGACAACGGCCCAAUAUAUCGGCCUCUGCCCUAAUUCCACCAGCUUCUGGCCAUAGCCCUUUCCACCGGCUGCUUCCUGGCCCCUGACAUCAGCCCAUACUAUUGGCUUCUGCCAUCAGCCCUUUCCAACGGCUGCUGCAUCUGUGCCCCCGACAACAGCCCAAUACAUCAGCCUCUUCCCUAAAUCCAUCAGCCUCUGCCCACAGCCCUUUCCACCUGGCCCCCGACACCGGCCCAUACCAUCGGCUUCUGCCCGCAGCCCCUUCCAACUGCUGCUGCACCUGUGCCCCCAACAACGGCCCAAAACAUCGGCCUCUUUCCUAAAUCCAUCAGCCUCUGCCCACAGCCCUUUCCACCGGCUGCUUCCUGGCCCCCGACACCGACCCAUACCAUCAGCUUCUGCCUGCAGCGCUUUCCAAUGGCUGCUGCACCUGUGCCCCCCGACAACGGCCCAUUACAUUGGCCUCUGCCUGCAGCCACUUCCACCGGCUGCUGCGUCUGGCCCCUGACAAUGGCUGAAUAUAUCAAACUCUGCCCUAAAAAUCCAUCGGCCUCUGCCCGCAGCCCUUUCCAUCGGCUGCUUCCUGGCCCCUGACACCGGCCCAUACCAUCGGCUUCUGCCCGCAGCCCUUUCCAACGGCUCCUGCACCUGUGCCCCCGACAACGGCCCAUUACAUCGGCCUCUGCCUGCAGCCACUUCCAUCGGCUACUGCU